AUGGCUAUGUAUAAUGAUCAUCGAGUCCCUGUGGUCACCUCAUAUCCCCCUGGACCUUACACUCACAACGUCGCUGCCCCUUACCCCCCACCAUUCCCUACUGGUUUUCCAUUCCACGGUUACGCAAUACCGCCUCAUAAUGCAGUCGUUCCACAACCUCAAGGAUCAUGUAUGUUUCCAGGCCCACCACAAUAUGGCGCCCAACAAGCCCCAGCCUUCUCUUACUCUGCAGAAGCCUUUCAAGCACCUCACCCACCGCCAGACUUACACGGUCGUAACCCGAACUUACGAGUAACACCCGCUAAUACCUCGAGACGCAACAAACCCUUGACUGAUAGCCUGCGCCUAACGCUCACACCUCUCGGUUUCAAAGGACCGUCUAAUAUAACGAUGUAUGUGGGCGACACUAAUCCCUUUGAAUGGAUCCAAAAGUUCGAAGCAGCAAUGACCCUUCAUGGCGAGAUAGAUCUCUUUACGUGCUGGACCUUCCCUACACUCCUCGGCGGGAGAGCAUUGACGUGGUACACCACUCUGCCAACCGAGAGUAUUGCGUCCUGGGAUGAUUUGGCGAGUAAGUUUCAUACCCAUUUCGCAACAAGCCACCCAAUGCCCAAAUCUGUCCAUUCCCUUGAAAAAAUUUGCCAGCAGUCAGGGGAACCCCUCAGAUCCUUUUUGGACCGCUUCGACAAAGAGGCUCUUCAGAGGGCGUUCGCAUAUGAGCUCGCCCGCCACGAAAUUACCGACCUUGAAGAGGACAAGAAAAAAGGUCAAGAAUUCAUGCGAAUUGAAGAGUAUAAGGGGAGUAGAGCAGAUGACUCCCAUAACCGAGAGAAGAAAGCUAAUAAAAAAGAUCACGUUGAUGAAGAGAGGAAAAGCCACGAAACAUCCAAAUAUUCCAGCCGCCCUUUAGGGCGUGAUACCCCAAGACGCCAAUCACACAACAUCCUGCAAAUUGAAUACAAAGAGCGCAAGAGUAACCCACAACACCAACAGCCAGCCAGAGAAAUCAUUGUAUACUGCAAAUUCCACCGUAGCAACGACCAUAACACCGAAGAAUGUAGAUCUCUCAAGGAUGAGAUUGAUGCGCUUAUCAAAAGAGGAGCCCAAAGGCAGACAAAUAAUUCUGGGCGUGAAAUUAGUUCUGAUAGGUGUCGCCGCGAACGCAGAAGGGCAUUAGAGUUUACGAUCAAUGACUUAACCCCUGUUGUUGGUGAACUGUCAAGUUUCAAAGCAACAGUCACCAAGCCCCUCGGCAUGAUAAAUCUGCGCUUAUCAAUGGGAACACCACCCACUUCAAGGUCAGCUGACAUCCAGUUCUUAGUGCUUGACACUCAAUCAGCAUACAACGCUAUUCUGGGCAGGAGGAUGUUUGCCGCUUUUGAGGCGAGCUUUUCUAAUCAGUUGAAUUUCAGACAUUUUGGUGGCACUCCCAAUUGCUGUUUGGGAACAGAUCCUGUGAGCAAUACUGAAGAGGUGCCACUUUCAAAAUCCUCUAUGGAACCACUUUCAGAAUCCCCUAAGGUUGGUGAUGAAACUUCACCAGGAAAUGUUGGUUCUCCUAAAGCUUCUAAGCGAGUCAUUGAUACAGCAGCACCUUUUGAAUCUGUCAAAGAUGCUGUGUCCAAGUUUGGAGGAAGAAUUGAUUGGAAAUCCCGUCGAACCCAGAGUCUUGAGAGAAGCAAGCUUGAAGGACAAGACUUUGGAAAAACAGAAACUGCUGAGGAAUUGGAAAGCACUAAGAAACUUAUUGAAGAACUCAAGCUUAACUUAGAAAGGGUAGAAAGAGAUGAGCUUCGGGCCAAAGAAGAGGCCGAACUUGUGAUUCUCAAAAUUGAAGAGAUGGAGCAGGAUAUUGUAAAUGAAGCUAGUUUUGAAGCCAAGGCACAACUUGAGGUUGAAAAAGCCAUGCAUACUGCUGCGCUUUCAGAUUUGGAAUUUAUGAAAAAGGAACUGGACUUGCUACAUAAGGAGUAUGUUUCUAUGUUGAGUGGAAAGGAUAUAGCUGUCAGCACUGCAGAAGAGGCUGUUGCUGCAGCCAUGGAGAUUGAAAAGGCAGUGGAAGAUUUGACUUGUGAGUUAAAUGCAACAAAGGAGUCGUUGAACUCCACUCGAACCGCUCACUUGGAAGCAGAGGAACAAAGAUCAGGAGCAGUGGAUCAAGAAUCUCACAACUGGAAGCUGGAACUUGUGGAAGCAGAAGAGGGGCUCCAAAGACUAAACCAGCAAGUUUUGUCAGCCAGGGUUCUCAAAUCUAAAUUGGAUGCAUCUUCCUCUUUACUGUCUGAUUUGAAAGCAGAAUUAGCAGCAUAUAUGGAAUCAAAACAAGAAGAUGAAAGCUAUAAAGCACAAGAAAAGGAACUUGAGGAAGUAAAGCUGAAAAUAGAGAAAGCAACUGCUGAGGUUAACAGCUUGAGGGGGGCUUCCAUGUUACUAAAAUCUAAACUAGAAGAAGAGAAGUUGGUUCUCAGCACCCUUAAGGAAAGUGAGGAAAAGGCUUCUGCUGCAGUUAUAACUCUCCAAGCUGAAAUGGAGAAGACAAGGUCUGCAAUAGCUUUUCUUCAAAUGGAAGAGAAAGAAGCAAGAGAAAUGAUGAAUGAGUUGCCCAAGAAACUGCAGGAAGCAGCACAAGAGGCUGAUCAGGCUAAAUCACUUGUUGAGGCUGCUCAGGUAGAGCUGCUUGAAGCACAAGAAGAGGCUGAACAAGCUAAGGCCAAUGCAAAUACAUUGGAAAGUAGAUUACUGGCAGCACAGAAGGUGAUAGAAGCUUCCAAGGUUGCUGAAAAGUUGGCUAAAGAUUCAAUUAAAGCAUUGGAAAAGAGUGAAUCAGCUAGAAGCAACAAUAGCAUGGAUUCUUCUUCACUUGUGACACUCACAGUAGAUGAAUAUCAUGAGCUCAGUAAGCGAGCCCAUAAGGCAGAAGAGCAAGCCAAUGUGAGGGUUGCAGCAGCUAAUUCUGAGAUUGAAACGGCUAAGGAGUCUGAGUUAAGAAGCUUGGAGAAGUUGGAAGAACUGAAUGAAGAGUUGUCUGUGAGAAGGGAAUCUCUGAAGAUUGCAACUGAGAAUGCUAAGAAGGCCACAGAAAGAAAGUUAGCUAUAGAAGAGGAGUUAAGAACAUGGAGGGCUGAACAAGAGGAACAAAGAAAGGCUGGUGAAUUGAAUGACCUGAAUACAGCUGCAACUGUGUCUGAUAAUGAUUUAUCAAGCUCAAAGGGUAAAGUUCCUUCAAAUGACACGGAUACUGGAUCAGCCUCUGAUACAAAGAGCAAAAAGAAGAAGAAGAAGUCAAUAUUUCCUUCGAAGCUUGUAAUGUUCUUUGCCAAGAGGAAAACGCACCCAUCCAAGUGA